AUGAGAAUAUCCAUUUUUACGAUUAUCGUUUUGACAGUAAUGCUGUUGUAUGAAAUGGUUUGUCGCGUAACGGCCAUUUUCGUGACAAGAUUAGAAAAUCACAAAACAGUCGAAUCGUAUGAGCGUUCUAUGGCCAUGAAACUGGUAAUGAUUAGUUUUUGUGCUACAUUCCCGAUAAUGAUACAUUACUCUUGGUUCAAAAGUAAUCGUUUUUAUGUACCUGGUCGUAUAUAUACAACCCAAAAAUUCGCUAACUACUAUUUCUUGCGACACAUGUACGCUCGCAACUGCGGUAUUAAUCCUUGUAUUGAUGAUGUGUUCGUAGCACUAACCGUGUCCUUCCUAUGUAAACAAAUUUUGCCCAAAUUUCUGUUGAUUUGCAAGAAUUUAUUUAUUUAUCAAAGAACUGAUUACAAUCAAGGCCGUAAUAUUAAUAAGACGAUCCCUUGCUGGGAAAGAGAGUACAGGUUGCAAUCUAUCACUGAGAGGACGCUGGCUUUGAAAUACAACUAUUUAGCUUUACAAUUCGGAUUUGUUACACUGUUUGUUAGCGCUUCACCAUUGAUACCUUUGUUGGCACUUAUUGUUAAUUUACUGGAUAUAAGAUAUAACGCAAAGCAGUUUCUAUUGGCUUCGAGACGAGCUUUAUUGCUCGAUCGUUCUGGUUUAGAUAUUUGGUCCAAUAUGCUCACCAUAAUAUCGUACUUGUCGAUAUUGAGUAAUGCGGUAUUAAUGGCGUGGUCAUCUCGGUUUAUAAAAAGACGUUUUUAUCUCAGUAACAAUAAUACUAUGGAUAAUUUUUUUGCGUUUACCACAACAAGAUUUGUUUCACAGGAUUUCUUGAAGUUGAGUACGAUGUCAAAAUCCUUUAAAGCCUACAAAGGAUUCAUUCCCAACGAUUGCUACUAUCCCGGUGUGAUGUUGUAUCUACCUGAAUAUAAGUAUGUCGGGUUGAUGGUUGUCUUAUUAGCUCAAUAUUUAAUCUCUGGUACAUCGAAAGACGUUGAGGACACUAUAAAAAUAGAACGGAAACUGAAAGAAGCUUAUAUCACAUACACAGGAUAAAGCGUUUGAAAUCUA